GUCUAACGGAGCCGUUGUGACGGCCCAUCCCCUUUUGCGCUAGUUCACGCUUUGACGCCUUCUCCUUCCGUUUCUUCGUCCUCUCGCCGCUAAUUAACGCCGUCUCUGGUUUCUACCGCCGCCGUAACCCUAACGGCAUCUUUAAUGGCGUCGUGUGAUGACGAUUUCUCUCUACUUGGAGACGAUCAGUCAAACCCUAAUCAACAUCACCACCACCACCAAGUUCUUCAUCACACGCCCUACGCUCCUAGACGAUUCAACCCGAAACCAUCGAAUCAGAUCCAUUUACCGCAUCACCAGAGGAACGGUGACGAGGACGACGAGAACGAUGUCGUUGUAGAGGCGUCUUCUGCUUUUCACGGUGUUGGUGUUAAUCCUUUCGCUGGUGACGAAAAUUCGAAUCCAUAUGAUGAUAAUAACGCAGGUGUCGACGAAGACGAAGAUCUCGAUGCCAACAGAUCCAGAAUCGGAGGUGUUCGUGUUGAGAAGAGACAGAGUCAGGAGGAGCUAAGUGACGGAGGAACAACGAAUGGUGGUGAGACCACACCUUACGGUAGCUUCAAGAGGCCGAGGACAUCGUCUUCCUCAGCUGGUGAGUAUAGGAAAGAUAGGGAAGAGUGGAGCGAUGCGGCGAUCGCGUGUUUGUUAGAUACGUAUUCGGAUAAGUUCACACAGCUUAACCGAGGGAAUCUGCGGGGAAGAGAUUGGGAAGAGGUUGCUUCAUCGGUGAGUGAGAGGUGUGAAAAGCUGAGUAAGAGUGUAGAACAGUGUAAGAACAAGAUUGAUAAUCUCAAGAAGAGGUAUAAGCUUGAAAGGCAUAGGAUGACCAGUGGUGGAACAUCAGCUAGUCACUGGCCUUGGUUUAAGAAGAUGGAAGAUAUUGUUGGCAAUUCCUUGGCAACGAAAGGCGCGUCUGAUGAAGAUAGAAGCGGAAGCUCAAUGGGGAAUACUGUGAAGCCAGCGAGGAGGUAUCCCCUGGUAACAUAUAACCCUGGAGUUCAGAUUAAUAACGUCAAAUCCAAGGCCACAUCAAACCCAAGAUGGCGAAGAGUGGUUUUGAAAAUCAGUGGUGCAGCUCUUGCCUGCACGGGUCCCAAUAACAUUGAUCCAAAGGUAAUCAAUCUGAUUGCAAGAGAAGUUGCGAUGGCUUGUCGUCUUGGUGUUGAGGUAGCGAUAGUUGUUGGGAGUCGGAACUUUUUUUGUGGCAGCACAUGGAUAACUGCCACUGGUUUGGAUAGAACCACUGCAUAUCAUAUCAGUAUGAUGGCAUCUGUGAUGAACUCUGCUUUACUCCAAUCAUCCCUGGAGAAAAUAGGGGUUCAGGCACGGUUACAAACUGCAAUAUCGGUUCAGGGUGUCGGGGAGCCUUACAAUCGUCAACGAGCCACCCGGCAUCUAGAUAAGGGAAGAGUAGUAAUAUUUGGUGGAAUCGGUGCAACGCUUGGAAAUCCACUCUUAUCAUCUGAUGCAUCUGCAGCCCUUCGAGCUAUAGACAUCAAUGCGGAGGCAGUGGUGAAAGGAACAAACGUUGAUGGUGUUUAUGACUGCCAUUCACAAGAUAGUAACGUGACAUUUGAGCACAUAUCAUUUCAAGAUUUGGCUUCUAGAGGUCUUACGUCAAUGGAUACAAUGGCCCUUAACUUCUGUGAAGAGAACAGCAUCCCAGUUGUGGUAUUUAACUUUCUGGAAGCUGGGAACAUCACAAAAGCGUUAUGCGGAGAACAAGUGGGUACUAUGAUCGAUAGAAGUGGAAGGGGUGUGAGUUAGUAGUAGUAGUAUAUGUGCCUUCUUAAUUCAUACGACUUGUAUAACUUUAUAAACUCCUUUUUUUUCUUUUGGUAAGUAAUUAUAUUUCAUAGAUGAGUUGACUAGAAAAAAGGAGAGUUGAUCCAUUCACAAGUGAAGAUUUUGUAAUAUUGAAGAUGUUGUUGACACUUGACAGUGUUUCUUUCUCCAUCUUCGUUGACUGACUUCUUCUUUCUGAAAGAUUGUAUUUGAUUUUCAGCAUUAGAUUUUGA